AUGACCACCCUCAACAUUGGCGUCUUCAUGCCUAACGGCGCGCAACUCCUAGACAUGGCAGCGGUCGACCUCUUUGGCGUAAUGGACAAGUCGUACCUGGAAGCCGUCCAGGCCAUGCUCCCCGACGAAGCGCUGUGGGCCGUGGCCCCCAUCACCAAGUUCCACUAUAUCACGACCCGCGCCGUGGGAUCGCACAUCCAGCUCACGUCGGGUGUGUCCCUCAAGACGACGAGCUUCUACGAUGAGGAAACCGUUGCCCCAGGGAGACUAGACGUUGUCGUGGUCCCUGGGCCAGACCCCGCGAGCACGUACGAGCAGGGCGCGCUGGACUGGCUCCGUCGCCACGCUGAGACGUCAGGCGUGGACAUCCUGAGCAUCUGCACGGGAUUAUACGUCUGUGCUGCGGCGGGGGUUGCCGAUGGCAAGAAGGCUUCUGGCCCGCGAACGUCGCAGGCGGAUCUGAACAGCAAGUUUCCCAAUAUCAAGCUUGUGGGGGAUAGAUAUCGGUGGGUGCAGGAUGGGAAUUUUUGGUCUAGCGGUCAUGUCACCAAUGGCAACGACAUGGUUGCUGCGUAUGCCAGGGCUAGUCCACGAUGGGAAUCCCCUCUUGUCGAGUUUGGACUUUCUGUCAUUGGGACUGGAGACCGCCCUCAAUUAUAUGAGUAG